GCUAUCUGCAGACAAGUUGACUCCUACACAGUCUGAUGAUGUCUCAGAUACAUAUAUUUACAUAUAUUUUAUUCAAUUAAAAUACCCCACAAUAUAAUUUAUUAAGUGCAAUAUUAUAUUUUUUUUUUCCUUCAGUUCUUAAAUACUUUAAUUGUUAAGAGCUAGCAGAGGAAAAAGGAAAACAAAAAAAGCCCCCCAAGCAGAAAUGGCAAUCUAUUUUUAUUCCUGGAGAAUUUUCCUUUGUGUUCUUCUUCUUUUACUGAUUUCCAGAGGCAUGAGUAGCAGCGCAAGGAAGAUGAGUCAGUCAAUAUUGGACAAUGGAUUUCAAGAAAGCUCAAAAGAUAGCCAUUUAUUAAUCAAGAAUGGCCAUUUUGAUCACCAAAUGCAUCAAAUGGACCCUUCUCUCAAUGUUUUCUUCACCAUAAAUGACUUAAAACCCGGAAAGAUAAUUCCAAUCUAUUUCCCUAAAAAACACCCUUCAAUUUCUCCUCACUUGCUAUCUAGAGAAGAAACCAAUUCAAUUCCUUUCUCUUUAACCCAACUUUCUUAUCUUCUCGAACUUUUCUCUUUCUCCAAAGAUUCUCCACAGGCCAAAGCCAUGGAAUAUACUCUGAAACAAUGUGAAACUGAACCAGUUGAAGGUGAGACCAAAUACUGUGCUACUUCUUUAGAAUCCAUGCUUGAUUUUGUAGUUUCAGUUUUUGGAUCUGAUACCAAAUUCAAAGCUUUAACUACUAAUUAUCUGAAGAGCCAAGUUGUUAAAGUAGCAUUGCAAAAUUACACCAUUGUAGAAGAGCCUAAGGAGAUUUUGGCAGAAAGAAUUGUAGCAUGUCAUGUAAUGCCUUACCCUUUUGUGGUUUACUAUUGCCAUAGUAGAGAAGGUGGGAAUAGGCUGUUUGAGAUGUUAGUUGGUGGAGAAGAUGGAGAAACAGUAGAAGCUGCAGCUAUUUGUCAUAUGGACACAUCUCAAUGGGAUAAAGAUCAUGUGUCGUUUCGUCUGCUCAAUAUCAAGCCUGGAACUUCCCCAGUUUGCCAUUUUCUCCCAGCUGACAACGUCGUUUGGGUGCCUUUGCCUGUCGUAUACUAAUCUACUAGUCGAAUACCUGUAUUGUAGUGCAUAGGAUUAGAGAUUCAAUCUCUGACAUUAUUAUUAUCUCUUUUGAAUUUAGCUGUGUUUAAGUAUAUGUUGUUAGUGAUGUAAAUUGGUCGAGCCGAGCUCAGCUAAGCAUCGAUUUGUUUGGAUUGCUUCAAUAACAUGUGAUUAGAGCUCGGGUUUGAAGCUCAAAAUUUUGUUCAAAUAUUUUAUGGAACUGUCAAAUCAAAGAAAUGAAACCUGCAUUUUCUUUUUUUUCUA